UGGUGGUGAAUUUGAUGGCUGACGUGGGGAGGAGAUUUCCUCUGCUCGUGCUCGCCAUUGUCGUCUUCCUACUUGUCGUCUUCCUCCACGUGUGUUUGUCGUGGCCCCCGUGGAAACAACAUCGCAAGAGGAGGGCGUCGACGAAACGGUCGGCAGGAGCGCAUGCAGGGACGCGCGGGUGUUGGUGCGGGUCAGGGCGGAAUACGAGCUGCGACGGCGGAGCCUCCACAGCGGUACGACCCAUCCAUGUACGCCCAUUUGCAGUCGUGGGAGACGCCGCUGCCCCCGUCGGACGAGGAGCCCGAGACGGAAGAACUCCCAACGUUGCCUCUUGCCAGCGGCUCGACGCAGCUUUGGUCGCAGACGGUACGAGCAGGCGGUUCGGGUUGCAACGAAGGCGGCGAGUACACAUCUUUGCUGCAGCAAGGCUUGGGAGACGACGAUGACGGAGGACUUGAUCUCAGGUUCGGCUUAUGUUUUGGCGGGUCCAAGGAGGCGAGUCGUACGUUGAUCAUCGACACCGAUCCUUCGCCACGUGGCGUGGGACAGGGUGGGAGUCAGCGUACAGAUCAAACCACCCUUCGUGCCCGUGCGUCCGUCGCUGCCAGUGUCGGGCCAUCUGCAGUGCUCCGGCGUCAAGGUUCCACAGCACCGUCCGCCGAUCGAUCGACAAGUAACUGGCCUGCAUGCAACGGAGCCGCAGCCGGGUCACCGCGCGUCGAGUGUGCACGUCCUUCAAUGCCCGAACGCACAACACCGACCCAAUCCGACGUGAGGGACGCGGGUGCAUGCAGACCACCGGUGCGUCCAGUACCCACUGUGGAGAACAUCACACGAGGUGUGUUGAACAUGCGGGCACACAGUGAUGGCGGCAACGAUGACGGUGUUGGCGGCGACGAUGCUGACGAGCGAUUGACGGAGGACGUGGACGCAGGGGACGACGACGAAGACAUUCCUGUUCGGCCGUUGGGGAAGACGGGUGGGAGGGGGAGAGCACGCUGCAGGGUUACUGUUCGAGGUCGAUCCGUUGGCCGUGGCGGCAGAGGCUGUGUCAGCGACGAGGCCGGGAAGUCUGUGACGUACUGGUCUCUGGAGGAACAACUGCAACUAGUGAGAUGCAAGCGGGAGCAAGAUAUGCACCUCGCCGGGCUGGGCCACAACUACGGGCGGAUGCGGACAAAGGACUGGAAGUGGGACGACAUUGCAAAGCGCAUGGCGAGCGCGGGGAAACCGAAAGACGCGGACGACUGCAUGAAGAAGUGGGACAAUCUAUUCCAAAACUACAAGAAGAUACAACGCUUUCAGAACGCAAGCGGCCGUCCUGAUUUCUUCGGCCUUACAAAUGAGGAAAGGAAGGAGCACAAUUUCAAGUUCCGGAUGGAGAGAGCGCUUUACAACGAGAUCCAUGCUGGCAUGUUGGGCAACCAUACAAUUUUUCCUCCGAACAUUGCCGACACAGGAAAUCCCUACGGGGUGCAGCUUCCCAGGAGAGGAGGUGGCGGUGGUGAGUCGGUUGGUAGUGAGGCUGGUAGUGAAGGCUUCCCCGAGGAACGUUCUUCUGCGCGGGAGUCCGAGAACAACGCAGGCAGCGGGGCUGGAGGCGGCAAGCGGAAGAAUGCACGUCAGCAGGCGUUGGAGUCGAUCGCYGAUGUCAUGGAUCGACAUGGCGAGCUGAUGUCGUCGACGAUCGAAUCCUCCAGCAAGUGGCAAUGCAGCAUUUUCACGAGGCAAUGUGACAUACUGGAGCAGGAAGUCGCAGUCCAGAAAGAGCACUACGCGGCGUCCAAUGAAACGCAGAGGAUGAUGUGCCACGCUCUUCUGGAAAUCGCUGCGGCCAUCCGUGGUCGGACGACGAUGUAGUGGUCCUUGGUGUCCCGUCCGAGUGUUCAGUUGUG